AAACAAAAAUCCAGUGGAACACGUCAGGUAUUUCGGCCGCUGUCAUUUUGCUCAUAGAUAUCAGUUCGUAUAAAAGUAGGGAAAGUUCUAGGAUUUUUUAAGUGUAAACUUCCUAUUUUGAUAUUUUCAAGUUUGAAUACAUUAAUAUUAAGGAUAAUAAGUUGGUAAAAAACUUAAAAAAUACGGCAUACCAUUUCUGAAAAUACAUAAGCACCGGCAACACGUCAACAUGUUCGCCGACACAAUUGUCAAACAAGAUAAUGCACGCCGACGUUGGAGUACCACGUCAUUGGCAUGUAUUACAACCCUCUGCCUGCUGAUAUUGGUUAGCAGCCACAUAACUGGCAUUAAUGCUGCGGCUGUAAUGUCUGUCGAUUUGGGUACAGAGUGGAUGAAAGUUGGUGUAGUUUCGCCUGGAGUCCCAAUGGAAAUAGCACUUAAUAAGGAAUCUAAACGUAAAACACCGGCUAUUUUAGCCUUUCGUGAUGGCUUGCGCACAUUUGGUGAAGAUGGUGUAACUGUUGGUAUACGUGAACCAGCUGCCGCUUAUGGUUAUUUACUUGACUUGUUGGGCAAGACUAUAGAAAACCCAAUUGUUGAUUUGUACAGGAAACGUUUCCCUUAUUAUGAAAUUAUUGGCGAUCCCGAGCGUAACACAGUAAUAUUUAGAAAAAGUGAAUCGGAGCAGUUUUCUGUUGAAGAGCUAAUUGCUCAAAUUCUGGUUAAAGCUAAGGAGUUCGCACAAGAAUCCACUUCGCAGCCCAUAACCGAAUGCGUUCUUACUGUUCCCGGAUAUUUUGGACAGGCCGAACGUGAGGCUUUGCUGACUGCUGCCGAAUUGGCUAAUCUAAAAGUUUUGCAACUGAUCAAUGACUAUACUGCGGUAGCUCUUAAUUAUGGCGUAUUUCAUAGAGCAGAGAUCAAUGAAACUGCACAAUAUUUUGUUUUCUACGACAUGGGUGCUUACAAAACAUCGGCUGCCGUAGUCAGUUAUCAGUUAAUGAAGGACAAAGUAACCAAAGAAACGAAUCCGGUUAUUCAGGUGUUAGGUGUGGGUUACGAUCGUACUUUGGGUGGAUUAGAGCUCCAACUGCGUCUGCGCGACUAUUUAGCUGCUGAAUUCAAUGCCAUGAAGAAAACUAAGACUGAUGUUACCACUAGCCCACGUGCACUUGCCAAACUGUUUAAAGAGGCUGGACGUGUUAAGAAUGUACUUUCCGCGAAUAAUGAUCAUUUUGCUCAAAUAGAGAAUUUAUUGGAAGAUCAAGAUUUCAAACUCCAAGUAACACGUGAAAAAUUAGAGGAGCUCGGUGCUGAUUUGUGGCCGAGAGUUGCUAAACCACUUGAACAAGCACUUUCCGCCUCUGGACUUUCUUUGGACACGAUUUCCCAAGUUAUAAUAUUUGGAGGUGGAACACGUGUACCCAAGGUUCAAGAAAUCCUGAAGCAAGCCAUUAAACAAGAAUUGGGUAAGAGUUUGAAUGCUGACGAGGCAGCAACAAUGGGCGCAGUUUACAAAGCAGCUGAUUUGGCUACUGGUUUUAAAGUGAAAAAAUUCGUUGUGAAGGAUGCUGUUAUCUUCCCAAUUCAGGUAACUUUCGAACGCGAUCCGGGUGAUGGCAGUGCGGUUCGGCAAGUCAAGCGUGUGCUCUUUGGCCAGAUGAACUCGUAUCCACAGAAAAAAGUAAUUACUUUCAACAAACAUACCGAAGACUUUGAUUUUAACGUUCUUUAUGGUGACUUAAGUCAUUUGUCUGCACAAGAAAUUUCCUAUAUUGGUUCAUUAAACAUAUCCCGCGUGGAAUUGGAAAAAGUGAAGGAGUUGAUUGAGAAACACCAAAAUGAAGUGAUUGAGUCAAAGGGUAUUAAGGCUUAUUUUACCUUAGAUGAUUCAGGCAUAUUUCAUUGCGCUGGUGUGGAAUAUGUUUAUGAAAAACAAAAGGAGGAUGAAGGAACAUUAGCUAAACUUGGCAGCACAAUAAGCAAACUUUUCUCAAAAGACGAAACAAAAGACGCCGGGAAUAGUGAUGGCGAAAACGCAGAUGCUGAAAAAAUAGAUCCUACAAAAACUGAUGGUGAAACUGCUGAGAAGAAGGAUGAAAAAGAUGCUACAAGCACCAACAAAACAGAAACCGAAACAAAAUCGGGCGAUGAAAAAGACAAAACCGCUACAAAUGACACCAUUAAAUUAGUUACUAUCAAAGAACCCGUUUCGCAUAAAAUAACACAACUUAUUACUAUCCCUCUAACUGGUGAAUCAUAUGAAAAAUCAGUGGAAAAAUUAUCGUCCAUUAAUACCGCUGAAUCCAUACGAAAUCGUCUGGAGUCGUCUUUGAAUGCACUUGAGUCGCAUGUAAUUGAAAUACAACAAAAAUUGGACGAAGAAGAGUUUGCCUCUUGUGCUUCGUCAGAAGAAAAAGAAAAGAUUCUUGAAUUGUGCUCUUCUAUAUCCGAUUGGCUUUAUGAGGAUCAUGAAAAUCCUACACCUGAAAUGUAUGAGCAACGAUUGAAGGAGUUGAAAAAACUUACAAAUGUUUUCUUGUCACGACAUUGGGAACAUGCAGAACGUCCAGAAGCAUUGAAGGCACUGGACGGUAUGAUUGAUGGCGCAAAGAAAUUCCUUAUCAAUGCUAAAAAUCUAACCAAAGAAUCAAACCCUGAAAAAGAUAUAUUCACACAAGUAGAAAUUGAAACACUCACCAAAGUAAUAAGUGAAACCAGUGACUGGAAGAAGAAUGAAAACAAGGCUCAACAGCAGCUACAACGACACGAACAAGUGCGCCUAACUGUUAAAGAUAUUACCGACAAAAUGGCGCUGCUUGACCGUGAAGUAAAAUAUAUGGUUAACAAACUUAAGAUCUGGAAGCCUAAAGUAAAGCCAACUAAGAAACCUAAAAAAGACAACAAAACUGAGACCAAUGAAUCAAAUGGUGAAGGAGAGAGCGGGUCUGGUGCAAAUAGUGAAGAUCCAUCAAAAGAGGAAGUUUCUGAAUCGGAAAACAAAGUAAAUGAGGAAGAAGUUCAAGUGGAUGCGCCUACUGAAGAGAAGGACGAUAAGACAACACAAAAACCGUCAAAUACGGAAGAACACACUCCCCGCUCCGAUUUGUAAGUCUGUGAGAGCUGAGCAGUUUGUGAUAGAUCAUAUGUUAGAGACCGUAUGCAGGUCUAUUAGUGCUAAGUGAAUGACUGUAUGAAAACAACUCAAAAACUUUUUAGUAUACUGGUAUUCACUUCACAAAUUAUUAUAACGAAAAUAAAAAGUAAGCAUUUUCCAUUCCACCCUUAAACCAUUUUAAAAUGUCAAUAUUGACGUCUCUCUACAACUACACUAGAUUGUUUACGUAUUUCUGAAAUGUAGCUUAAACUCUCCUAUCACUACGCAGAUACGUAUCCGUCAAUCCAAAGCAUUUUUAUAUGCAGAAAGAGUCUAUGCAUUAAACAUUAAAAAAACAUUUAGUUAAAUUUUUAUAUUCUGCCACAGAUAUUUUACGUUCUAUGUAUCUAAUUUAUUAUAAAACUAAUGUCCAGAAAGUGAAAAUAUAUGUCUGAAUAUGUACGAAUACUUGUAGACCAUUCUGUAUUUGAAUUUCAAUAAUUUAAAUUUGGAUUGUAAGAAUAUAGCAACAAAUUAAAAAAUAUGUGUACAUACAAAAAGAUAAA